GCCCAGUGCGCGCUGCCCGCGCCGAGCCGGCUCAGAGCGAGAAAAGCGAACCCAACCCGUCGGGGCCGCCGCUCCGGACCCACCGCCUGCCGCCGCGCGCCGCCCGCCGCCGCCUCCUCCCCCCCGGAUCGGGUGUACUGUCCCAACCCGAAAGUCCAGUUCUGCGGCCCGGCUGCGGCGAGCGAGCGAGCGAGCGAGCGCGAUGACACAGGAGUACGACAACAAAAGGCCGGUGCUGGUUCUUCAGAAUGAAGCCCUUUAUCCACAGCGGCGCUCCUAUACCAGCGAGGAUGAGGCCUGGAAGUCUUUCCUGGAAAACCCCCUCACCGCAGCCACCAAAGCGAUGAUGAGCAUCAAUGGGGACGAAGACAGUGCGGCUGCCCUGGGCCUGCUCUAUGACUACUACAAGGUUCCCAGAGAGCGCCGGGCAUCCGCAGCCAAGCCAGAGGGGGAGCACCAGGAUCCAGAGCACAGCAAACGAACCAGCAUGCCAAAUGUGACGGAGCAGCCCCUCAUUUCUGCUGGCGAAAACAGGGUGCAAGUGCUGAAGAACAUGCCCUUCAACAUUGUCCUCCCCCACGGCAACCAGCUGGGCGCUGAUAAGAGAGGCCACCUGACAGCUCCUGAUACAACAGUCACUGUCUCCAUAGCAACCAUGCCUACCCACUCCAUCAAGACCGAAAUCCAGCCGCACGGCUUUGCUGUGGGCAUCCCCCCAUCGGUGUACCACCCUGAGCCCGCCGCCGAGCGCGUGGUGGUGUUCGACCGGAGCCUCAGCACUGACCAGUUCAGCUCGGGCACUCAGCCUCCCAACGCUCAGCGGAGGACUCCAGACUCCACCUUCUCAGAGACCUUCAAGGAGGGCGUUCAGGAGGUUUUCUUCCCCUCGGACCUCAGUCUUCGGAUGCCGGGCAUGAAUUCAGAGGACUAUGUGUUUGACAGUGUUUCUGGGAACAACUUUGAGUAUACCCUAGAAGCCUCCAAGUCACUUCGGCAGAAGCAAGGGGACAGCACUAUGACUUACCUGAACAAAGGCCAGUUCUAUCCAGUCACCUUAAAGGAAGUGAGCAGCAAUGAAGGGGUCCACCACCCGAUCAGCAAAGUUCGAAGCGUGAUCAUGGUGGUUUUUGCCGAGGACAAAAACAGGGAAGAGCAGCUGAGGCACUGGAAGUACUGGCACUCCCGGCAGCACACGGCCAAGCAGAGGUGCAUCGACAUCGCCGACUACAAAGAAAGCUUCAAUACUAUCAGCAACAUUGAAGAGAUUGCUUACAAUGCCAUUUCCUUCACCUGGGACAUCAACGACGAAGCGAAGGUGUUCAUCUCUGUGAACUGCUUAAGCACGGAUUUCUCUUCUCAGAAGGGCGUGAAGGGCUUACCACUCAACAUCCAGAUCGACACCUACAGCUAUAACAACCGCAGCAACAAGCCAGUCCACCGGGCCUACUGCCAGAUAAAGGUCUUCUGCGAUAAGGGCGCUGAGCGGAAAAUCAGGGACGAAGAGCGGAAGCAGAGCAAGAGAAAAGUUCCCGAUGUUAAGGUGCAGCUGCUUCCCUCACACAAACGGACGGACAUCACGGUUUUCAAGCCCUUCCUGGAUCUGGAAACCCAGCCUGUCCUCUUCAUUCCUGAUGUGCAUUUUACCAACCUGCAGCGGGGCAGUCACGUUCUUCCCAUCCCCCCUGAAGAACUGGAAGGUGAAGGGUCUGUCUUGAAAAGGGGGCCCUUUGGAACCGAUGAUGACUUCAUAGUUCCUCCACCUGCAAAGCUGACCCGGACAGAGGAACCCAAGAGAGUGCUGCUCUAUGUCCGAAAGGAGUCAGAAGAAGUCUUUGAUGCUCUGAUGCUCAAGACGCCAUCUUUGAAGGGCUUGAUGGAGGCAAUCUCAGACAAGUAUGACGUCCCCCAUGACAAGAUCGGGAAAAUAUUUAAGAAGUGCAAGAAAGGGAUCCUGGUGAACAUGGACGACAACAUUGUGAAACACUAUUCUAAUGAAGACACCUUCCAGCUGCAGAUUGAAGAAGCCGGCGGGUCCUACAAGCUCACCCUGACAGAGAUCUAAGGUGCGGGGCACUCAGCCCCCAGGUGUGGGAGUUCAGUGAAAUUGUCCCAUAGAACUUAGAGUUUGGCCAGCUGAGGAGCCCGGGCACCCACCCUGCCAACACCUUGAAUAUCAGGGAAGGAACCUUUCACGUGGGAGAUGGCGCUGCCUGUCACGUGCUGUGUUGGGGUUUCCCACGUGAUAGAAAUCCAUACGUUGUUGUUUGAAUUUCUGAUGUGCUUAGAAAGCAAAACGUGAGGACUUUGUACUGGAUAUAAGACUGUGGGAACCUUUGGGUUAUCUGCUACAUAACUUAGCAAAUCUCGGGAGAUCCACCUAUGUCCUGGAUAGCCGUGGGCCGCUGGCUGGCAAGUCAGGCAGGCAGUAGCCGGCCUUUGAGGAGUUUGCGCUCUUGCCUCACCACAGUCUAACUCCAGCUGCCUUGGGGAGUGGGCCCAGCCUUGAGUAAUAAAGGGUUGAGCCCUCUCCCUCCCCUCUCCUCCUCCGAUGUUUACUAAAUAGGGUGCAUCACUGGAACCUUUCUUGCAACUUCCUUGGACGUCUUGACUGCCUUUCUUAUGAAGAACUUCAGUGGGUGACCGUGCAGGGUUAGCUCAGUUCAAGCUGCGUUGUAUAUAAGUGCAAUAUCGUUCUGAAGGUCUGCCUGUAAAUGUGUACAUACAUGUCUGAUACAAAUAUAUAAUAUAUAAAGACGGUGUCUGUGUACAGAUAGUGAAGGCAAACAGGAAGAUCUACUUUGAAAACCCUCCCCAGAGACGAGGCUAUUUUGUAUAACGUGGACCAAGCAGGUAGAAUGCAUUUUCCCAAACACGAGCAAGUGUUCCCUAGCAUAGCAAAAAGCCAUCCUGGGUGGCAGAGCCACCUGCUCUGGAACAUGUCAUCAUCACGUGGGCUUCUGCAGCCUGAGUGGAACUGAGGGAGGACUCGGCUGCAGCCACUGUGUGGGAUGUGCAUGCAGGUGUCAGCAAGCUGUGCCCUGCGGAGUCACAGCCGUCAUCGAGAGCCAACGACACGUCCCAAAAUGGGCCUACUUCUGCGACUGCCACGUUUCAGAGCUUUCAAGCCUCGGCUACUGUGUGUGCUACCUAGAAAGCUCUCGUGGAUUUACGUUACCGUGGCAGGAGAAUGUUUUGUACACACUUAAAUAUUAAAAAAAAAAAAAAACUUUACAAUGUAAUUUUAUAACAAAUCCUGUAACAGAAAUACAAUUGCGGGUCUUUAGGUUCAGGGAACUAGAAUAGGUCAUUUGUAUGAGUAGGAUUGUUAGCUGAAUACUUAGGUAAAACUGUUCUAAUGAAGUAUGUGAGCAAAACAGCUGGUUUUCUAAGAUAUGGGAUACGGGUCACAUAACACUAUUUUAUAUUUUGUUUUAAUGAAAUCAAUUUUACUUGUUUUAAUUGUAUUGUUGAAUGUGUUUUAAACUAAAGGGAUUGAAUUUUGUAUAUCUAUUUCACAAGAUGUCGGCCCUCCUUCACGCCGUCCUUUUCCUUUGCCGUGACUAACCUGCAACUUGUUAUGUAGCCCAGACUGGCUUCCCACUCCGGGCUCUGCUUCCCAAGUGCCGAGAUUAAAGGCAUGCACCACCACAGCCCAGCAUUGUUUUUUUUUUUUAAGCUCAGGCUGCCUUUGAACUCAAACUUUCUGCCUCAGCAUCCCCAGCCCUGGGAUUACAUGCAUGCACCACCACGUACAAAACAUGCUUUUAAUGAACGGAUGCAAUUAAUGAAGCCAGCUCCCCUGGAAGAUUUCACCCUUAGGCCCAAAGGCCAGCCUGCGCCCACAGCCAGGGCUCCCUCCUCACUCAGCUCUGACUGAGGCUGAGUGAAAGCUGUCUAGGGAACAGGGAUUGCUAAGAGGGACCUGAGAGAAUGGCUCAGGGAAGGAUGGUUCCCAGGGGUCCACAGCCCCCACUUGGGAGGGCAUCACGGAGGAGGGCCGAGGGGGUCCCCACAUGUGGAGAAUUAGCUGCGCCUUGAGAGUGUGGAGAGGAUGCUCUUUGUUCAUUUCUGUGACUCCGUGUGCUGCAGGAUAGGAGUGUGUGACUGUCAUCCUGUUGGUGACAUCUGCAUGCCACCUGAGGUCACCAGCAGUGCAGCCGGGCUUUGCUCCCUGACCUCUGCCUCCUGGGGGUCAAACCUGGUGCUCAGAGGGGAUCCCGGCUUGUGCUCAGGUCUCCUCUGUCUUAAGCCUGUGACCCCUGGUUCUGAACUCCUGUAGCUACUACCCCCUUCAAAUCUCUGGACCAAAUACAAAUGUAGCAUCCUGAAAAAGGAAAGAAAACCCCGCCAGCUACCAGAAUGAACGUCACAGCUCUAUGAGAAGGUGACUGGAGGUUUAACCCCACCCCUGGCCCCUGGUCUUCUCUAAGAUAACCACUGAGAAGGUCCUAAGGCAGAGGAGUUUCUGAAGUGGGCUCUCUAGUGGAAUUAUCGACUCCACCACCGUCCUCCUAGUCAAGAAUGCUGGUGAAGGCAUCACCUGUGAACAGGGGCGUGUGAAUUUCACCACUGUGCACUCCUAGUGCUUCUAAACAAAGCUGCGGCUCUGACUGCAGGACUUCUAGAGAAUUUGAAAAGCCAAGAAAUCGAACGGUAUGUGUUUGGUCUCAAGGGACAAAAUGAUGGACAGAAAAGAUGUGUUCUGGGGUCCAGAGACCUAGUUCAGGCGCCAUGUCGACCCAGAGCUCCUAGGUCUGGGCUGGAAGGAACUAUUUCUCCUACAGCAACAGAGCCACUGGCUGGACAUCAGAUAGAUGGCCUCGUCCUGUGAUUGGGUUACAGCCAUGCAGGGUGUCUGUUAUUAAUGUAAGGAGAUUGGUUGCCUUGGGGACGCGGGACUCUGUGCUUUGGAAUGAGAACAUGUGAGAAGAUGGACUAAGCUGGAGAGAGGUGGCCUCCCCACCCACAGUGGUAUCUACCUGCCUUGAACAAAGUAUUCCGUGGUGGGAAUGGAGGUCAGGCGUCGGCUCAGUGGCAGCCUCCGACUCCCCAAGUCUGAUGUGACCAUGUCUGCUGUUGAGUGCCCAGUCAACCAUGAGCAGAGGCCGGCACUAAACCAUGCUCCAACACAUCUUCAGUCCUAGGAGGGACAGUGUUUGACUUCCUGGAGUAAACACUGGAUUUGCUUUGCCUGCCUUCCUUGCUUAACGGUCCUGCUAAAACUCCCACCUGCAGAGAGUGUCCUGUCCACUACCGCGACACUCCACACAGCAUUGCCUCUGAACAAAACACUCCCUGCAGCCAAAGAUGUCUUCCAGCGAGCCCGUGCUCAUAGAAUUCUCAGGUCUUUCCACGUUCCUCGCUGCUCCAAGGGCUAUCUUAAUAGAACUACGUGUGGACUGUCCCUUUGGUGACUUGGUCACAAGGCCACCUAGUCCUGAUGGGGCUAAGACACGGUUCCCCAGAAGGCUGCAUUUGCUCUGGAUCAGCGUGGGAGAGGUGCUGAGGUUUCAGCCGUCGCCGGACCCCUCCCAUCCAAGAGUCAAAAGGGGAAAUGGCCGUGGUACCACUGGGGCACAUGCAUCCCAGGAAAACUGCUUUCUGUCCGGUCAUGGUGGCACAUGCCUGUAAUCACAACACUCAGGAGGUGGGAGGGUCAGGAGUUGGUCAGCCUCAGCUGCAUGGAUAGUCAAGCCUGUGCUACAAGACCCUGUCUCAGAAAAGAGGAGGAGCUGGAGAGGCACUGAGCAGUUAGAGUGAGUAGCACUCUUCUGGAGGACCCAACUGCGGUUCCCAGCACCCACACUGGCAGCUUACAAACCCUUAUAAUCUGAGCUCCAAGGAAUCCCACACGCUCUUCUGGCCUCUGCAGGUGCUUACACUCAUACACACGUGCGCGCACACACAGACACACACACUUUUUUUUUUUUUCUCGAGACAGGGUUUCUCUGUGUAGCUUUGGAGCCUGCCCUGGAACUCACUUUGUAGCCCAGGCUGGCCUCGAACUCACAGAGAUCCACCUCCCUCUGCCUCCCGAGUGCUGGGAUUAAAGGAGUGCGCCAUCACCGCCCAGCAGAAUUUUUU